UCGGUUUCUAAAAAUAUUGGAUUGUAUAAUUGUCUUCGUCAAAUCGAUAAUAAGUUAGAUUUAAGGCUGGAAGAGAAGUCACAAGUUCAUGCAAUCUAUUUUAAUUAUGUCUCAAGUCUUUCUCAGGAGCAAUCGAUCAAUCAACAGUUGCGAAACAAAGUUCAGGCUGAACACAGGGAUUUUGCGACAAUAGCGAACUCCUCCGAAGUGACGGGAUUCUGGGAAAAUAAAAAAAAAGGGUCCUACAGACAGACGUUAGAUGAUCAUACACGAAAAGAAAAGCUGUACUUGAGUUCCACUCAUCUCGCACAGUUACAAAACGAAGAUGUCAACGAAGAGAAGGAUGAAUUUUAUACUGAAGAUAAUGAAUACCAUGAAGACUCUACCAUGCCAACAACGAGUACUCAAGCAUCGACUGAUGUUUCCAUGCCUACAACGAGUGCUCAAACAUUGAUUGAUGUCUCUAUCCCAAUUGAAGAUUCAAUGUUUGUUGAAAGGAAUGAACCGGAGAGUGUAGGACGGAUUAAACACUGGACUUUAUCAAGUGGAACCGAUGUAGGUCAAGUAUUGGCUGACUAUAGAUGCAAAAUUCCCGAAUCACAAAAAUGUCUUGACCCCGUUUAUUGGGGAAUUCUCGAUCUUACCGGCUCCUACCAAGAAACAAAACAACUAUUCACCACAGAAGAUUGGACUGAAAUGUUGAAAAGCUUUGAAGACGAGAUAGAGAUUAUCAAAGAAGACAUACCUGACGUUAUAUAUUUGUUUUUCAACGAAGUACAGCAGAUUGUAAAGAAUAAUGAAAAUAGCGAAGGCGUUGUGACAGCAAUUGACGGGGUCUCUUUGCGGGAAAUAGAAGAAAAGUACGAAAUCACUCUCAGUUCACAAGAUAUAGCUUAUAUGAUUGAAAUCAAGAGAGCGGUCCUGACAUAUGCAGAGAACUUGGCCAAUAUUGACUUGUCGGUUUCAGAGUCUGAUUUUGACAACUUGUUUACAAACAUGCUUACGAGAAGAUUUCUUGACAAGACCGAAUUAAAAAUGGACGCGGGGGAGAUCUGCUUCUGGGCUUCGGCUAAACGACGUAAUGAAGGUCGCUCAACCACACUUCGUGCUCGAGUUGGGCAAAAAUGCGAUUUCCGAGAGACACUAAAACACAGUAUCAACAAACUAGAAGCGAUAAUAGGCCUCCGAAGUGGUGGUCUUCCAGAAGCUCAUCCAAAAAAAUUUUUUGUGGACUCUAUUGACUUAUCUAUAACAAUGAGAGACAUCCUCUAUACAUUUUUCAAUUCUAAUACGAACGCCCCGGAUGAAGAUUUGCACAAGAUGUUUGUUUUCGGAAUCAAAUCAUGGGGCUGGACGCAUCAGAUUCUUGCAAUGGAUUGCAAGGGGACAAACAUUUGUAGGUUUGGAAUUUUGUGCACAACAGCCUUACCCAAUUCUACAAGGACUCUCGCAUGUUUGGAAAAGUUCUAUGUAGAAAUGAAAAACGUCAAGGUUAGGGGCUGUUUUGGUAAAAUUACCGGGACUCCUAGCUCAAAAAAGUCGCGAUGUUUGGAGCUUUCUUCAUAG